AUGAACGUUCACGGUGCCUCGAUCCAGGGUCUAGGGAUCAACUAUCCGCCUACCCCAAAAAGCCAGAACAGUAGGAGUCCAACUACCCCGAGCAGCGAGCAUUCGUCCACGAGACGAUCUGAAAAGACACUUGUCUCCGUCGAGCUACAGGGCAAUGCCACCAAGACCACCACCAGUGCUAGCCCGACUCCGAAAAACACCUCGAAAAGAACAUCUAGUUUCGGCUCAUCUACACCCACGGCAUCAACACUACCAUCACACGCGCACGCGCAACCACUUCUAGCGGUAUUCGAAUUGGACGACGCCAUACCGUACAACCUAUCCAAGCACUUGCACCAAACUUUCAAAUCGCGAAUAAAAUCACAGGAAAAAUCGACAAAGUUUACUUAUUUGUUGAAUGCGUUGGUCUACCUCAAGGCAUUCAAGCAAGUUUACUCCAGCGUCGACCUCGACGACUUGAUAUCUGAUGUUCCCGAGACUGAGAUAAUUGUGAAUGGAAAUGGAGACAAAGACGAAAAUGGUGAUGUCGAGUUGUUGAGUGAUGUGCAUGAGAUUCUGAAACUAGCAGUGUAUGUACCGGAACGAGUCGAUAUGUUGCUAUGUGGCUUGGGCAACUUCACCAGCUCCAGAGGCGAAGUCAAGAUCUUGUGGCCACGAGUUACGUUGUUGACGAUGUUGGUUAAUGCCAUGUACUAUGGCCUCAUGUACUUUGAUGAAAAGAUCAUCUCGCGAAGACUACCCAACUUUGAGCUUGUAUCGGACAAAACUCAAAGGGAUCCAACCACCGGAGACGUGAAACUCGCGACGCAGCUCAUUUGGAACGACUACGAGUCGUAUAUGAAAUUCCAGCAUUAUUGCAAACGGCACUUGGCGCAGUACCCCGCGCCUCAAACCAUGACCGAGAGACAACAGCGAGGUUUCCACCUGCGGAAUCCGCAUUACCGCGUUGUUUACGACGCUUAUAUGUGUGGAUUCCAAGAAUGGCGCAAGCGUAUCGAAGACGAGAGAGACGACGUUGUUGGUGCAACUUGCAAGAUUCUCGGUUUGCAGUUUGUCACUAUCCAGUCCACGGUGUUGAAGAGCAUGAGCUAUCGGAUAUGCCGGGCGUACCUGCUGAGAGAACAUGUCGAGUUUGAAAAGAUUUGGAAAAUGAAGCGGACAAAAGGUACGAGCAAAGGCUGGUUGGGCCAGUUGUGCAAGAAUCGUAUUGAUGAUGAUGAUGAUGGUGGUGGUGGUGGUAGUGGUGGUUUUGGCGAAUACGAAGAUGAGAUGUUUCAUUUGGGUGAAAGAAACGGCAGGACGAUAUCAGCGUUCCCUUUGAGUGGGUUUGAUCGAACGUUUGGCCAUAUGUUGAAGCCCAGUAAACACUACGAGAUUUUAGAUCGUGAGGCUGCUUUGGCCUUGUAUCAAGACAUGAUGAGCAGAGACAUUUAA